UCCACUCCCUGACGCAUGCUUUUCUUUGACUCCUCCGCAUCCCGCAAGUCGUCGCCGUCGCCGUCGCAUUCUCUCUGCAGCAAAUCAUCAAACAUGUUCAGAGCGUUCUCUUUUCUUCUUCUCCUCCAAGCUUCCGUCGUCUUCACGCUCUCAGAGGCCAAGCUAAGCAUCAUACGUCCCGAAGCUGCCGCCAAGGGCUUCAACGUCAGCAACGUCCAGAAUGCGGGGACUUGUUCGUACACGGCGGUGAUAACCACGAGCUGCUCCUCGACGAGGUACACGAGGGAUCAGAUCAGUCUCUCCUUUGGGGAUGCUUAUGGCAACCAGAUUUAUGCGCCGCGAUUGGAUGAUCCAUCUUCAAGAACAUUUGAACGGUGUUCUACAGACACAUUUGAGAUUUACGGCCCCUGUGCAUACCAAAUCUGCUAUUUGUAUGUCUACAGAUCCGGACCGGAUGGUUGGAAGCCUGAGAAUGUGAAAAUCUAUGGCCACAAUUCCAGGGCUGUUACAUUUAGCUACAACACCUUCAUUCCCAAUGAUCUUUGGUACGGCUUUAACUGGUGCAACACCGCCUCCUCUUCCGCCCGGAAAUCUGCUCACAGACGGCCUCUGUAUGCCGUAGCUGCGCUCUUUGUUUUUCUUAUGUUGUAAUCGUGCAUUUGCCCUUAUGUCUAUAGCCUCUUACAUUUUGCUUAGUUUUAUUUGUAUGUCAGUAUUUUAGAAGAAAAAGUACACACUUUGUAUUAUGGACCCACCAAACUGUUAUAUUUCAAACAUUUCUUUGUAUUUUA